UAUAUUUGCUAAAACUCAUAAAGAAUUAGAAACUUUUAAUAAUGAGUUAGAAAAACUUUACGAAAUGUAUCAAACAAAUUAUAAUUCUGAUGAUGAAUUAGAUAAAGAUUGUAAUGAUUUUAUUAAAAGUCAAAGCUCACCUUAUUCUUCUCAACUUAAAACCUUUGAA